GUUGUUUUUGUGACCGUCAUAAGGGCAGACAUUUUGGCCCGUGUAGACGACAGUAUUGCAAGAUUAUUCGGAAAACAUCGAACCUUUUAAAAUUUUAAACAAAUAAUUUCUCUGUGUUUGUAAGCUCACAUUUCACCACAAGCAUGUGGUAUGAGAUACUGCCCGGUUUUGCUAUAAUGACAGUUUGUCUGAUGAUUCCUGGCAUCGCAGGUACUCACAUCCAGAAGUUAACAAACCGUAACAAGGAAAAGAGGGUCGUACACGUUCCCUAUCAGUUGUACUUAAUGGAGAGAGACAAGAGAGUGUCAGGAACUGGGACACACUACCACACCAAGGGACUUGAAAACAUCAAUUGAACAGCCACUAAGCAACAACUGAAAUGUACAUUUUGUCCAGUCGUCUAUUAAAAUGUUAUAAUUAAAUUA